UUACCGCCCAAAUGUGUCAUUUGAACAGGAGCAUCCGACAAUACAAGAUGGAGACACCAAGCCAAACUUGAAGGAAAAGAACAGCAAGAGAAAAGCAUGCCAAGCUGCAUCCAUAUUCUUUCUUAGGAAUUGAAAUGAACUGUGCAAGAUCUGUGGAUGGAGUCAGAGUUGAAAUGGGGAUGCUGAUAGAGAGGUUUGGCUUUCCUACUAUAGACCACACUCAGCUUGUCUUGACCUCUUAGUAGGUUAGAAGACAAAGACAUCAUAAUAUGAAGAGUUUUGGGCUGCUGGAUCUUCUCCAAAUAUGCAUCAUGCUGCUAAGCAGAGGAAUUGUUUUCAUUUCCGGGGACUUUUGCAGCUGGAAAGGAAGUGGUCUUACCUGGGACUUUCGCUCACGGGCUGUGGAACAAAUUCACCUACGUUGUGCAGAAGGCUCAUUAGAAUGGCUUUACCCAACCAGAGCCUUGCGUAUAAUUCUUGAGCCCAGCUUGGUCAACAGCAGGAAUACAAAUGUCUGUAUAAAGCCUUCUUUGGAGUUUAGAGGUGCUAAUAUGUAUGUCGAAAAGAACGAAGAGCUUCACUUAUUGGUUAGUGAAGCAGCUGAAGUACGGGGAACUUACUGCUUUGGGAUGGAUGUUACACAGAGAGUGGCCUUCUUCUUACAGGCCAGUCCCCAAAAGGACUUAAGCAGGAGAACAGCAGGAUUUCAGUAUGAAGUGAUCAGUAACCAACAUUCUGGACCCUUACUCCAAAAUUUUGCUUCUGCUGAUAAUGUGUGCCAACCUUGUGAUAGCAAAGACCUUCUUAUGGCCAUUUGCAAGAAUGAUUAUGUCGUAAGUGGAUCCAUUCAGAGUGUCUCACAUGAUGUGGAAGCCUAUAUAUCCCAAGUGCACAUCAAGGCUAUAAAAGUAUACAGACAGCGAAACAGUAUAUUUCAGCAUGAUGUAUCCACUGUUACAUGGACCAGACCUAUCAGGACAUUGUUGAAAUGUGGAGUCAAGAAAGGGGAGGGAGAUUUCUUGUUCACCGGUAAUGAACAUUUUGGAGAUGCUUGGUUGGGAUGUGCUCCUCGCCUUAAAGACUUUCUUGAAAUCUACCAAAACGCUAAACAUCUUCGGAAUAACCCGUGUGAAUUUCAGAUGUAAACAUAAACUUAUGGACUAUAAACAUAUUCUAUAACCAUCAUGAUCUAACAUGUAAUUUAUUUCAUCUGUGCAUUCCUGUGUGUUGGUAAUAAGCUUUAUCCAGAUGUUUGGGUGGAAUGUGCACCUCCAGUUGAAGACAUUCUAGAAACCACCAUCAUCUUUGGACAUCUGUGCCAAUUUCAGAUGUAAACAUAUAUUUGAAUUGACUAUAAAGCCCCGUACACACGAUCGGACCUUUGUCCGACCAAAAUC